UUAGCUUACUCUGCCCCCCUCAUAAAGUUUGCAACACCAUUUUGCCCCCCUCAAGGUUGAAAGCUGGCUCCGUCCCUGUUCAUGUUCCUUUAGAACCUCCCUCUUUUCAUCUCUCUCCGGCGAGGCGGCGACACGUACGCCAAACCUGCCCGGCCGCCGGCGGUUCACCCCUGCCAUGGCUCGCGGAAAGAUGGCACUGCUCCUCGUUCUGAUUCUCUCAUCGGCCACACAGCCAUCUCUGGCUCAACAGAGCGACGGCACCAGAAUCGCUGGCGGGUUCACGCCGACCACCAUGGCGAUGCUCGUCGUCGUCAUCGCCGUCUUAGUCCUCAUCGCGCUCUUCUCCAUCUACAUGAACCGCUGCGCCUGCACGCGCACGGACCUUCUCCCGCGCCGGCCCUUCCGCAGCACCGCCCCUGACGACCAGUCCCUCGGCUCCGGUCAUUGCCGCCCGCGCAGCCUCGACCGGGAGCUGGUGGAGGCAUUCCCCACGGCGGUCUACGGCGACGUGAAGGCGCACAUGGCGCCCGGCACCAAGCCGGUGUCGCUCGAGUGCGCCGUGUGCCUCGCCGAGUUCGCGGACGCCCACGAGCUCCGCGUCCUCCCAGCGUGCUGCCACGUCUUCCACCCGGGCUGCAUCGACCCGUGGCUCGCCCAAGCGGUCACCUGCCCGCUCUGCCGCGCCGAUCUCACCGACCUCACGCCGAAGGGGCAGCAGGAGGAAUCUUCUGGGGAGAAAGGCGGGGAGUGCUCGGUGGUUUCCUUCAAGGCUGAAUCAUGGAGGCACGAGCUCACGGACGCCGACUACAGCCUCUACCGGAGGACGCAGUCGGCCAUGGACGCGGCGGACCGGCACACGCUCAGGCUGCCGGAGCACGUCAUGAAGGAGCUCGGCGCCGUCUGGAGGCACCGGCGAGCGGCCAGCCUCGCCGCAGAACACCCGGACGCCAUGGACCGGAGGACGUCCGGGCGGCUGACGUCCUUCUUGAGGUCCAUGUCAUGGCAGCGGCACCACGGGACGGACUCAGAAGCCGGGGAGGAACACGGCGGCGGCAACAAGCGGAUUCAUCCGGUGACCGGAACGCGGCCGGUUGAAACACCGGGCGGAUCAGGGUCCGGUUUGGACGAGAAGAAGGAGAGCUCCAACGUUGACGCUUUAAGCCGGGUUUGACCUUUUCGUUCCUUAUGCACGGUGCACCAGUACGGGACAAACAUUGCAUGCAGUCAUGCACAUAGGGAAAUUUAAUUAAGACCUAAAUGCAUGUCUUUUUUGAAACAAUAAACCCUCCAAACCAUAAAUUGU